AUGAGUUUCGGAAAGCUUUACUGGUACCCUAAGGCGCCUCGUGCGACUCAGUGUCUCUACAUCGCCGAGUACAACAAGCUCGAUAUCGAGUUCGUUGAGGCAUGGCCCAUUAAGGUCGACCCCAGCAAGGGUGGUGUUGGUCAGGCAUACUUGGAGAAGUUCCCUCCGGGAAAGGUCCCCGCUCUUGAGCGUCCCGAUGGCUUCACAUUGUUCGAGUGCAUUCCCGUAGCGAUCUAUCUGGCGAAGCAAGACCCUAACACCAAGCUCUUGGGCUCAACACUCGAGGAGGAGGCGACGAUAUUGAAGUGGGCUUCUUUCGCUAACAGCGAGCUCCUGCCCCCCAUCAUGGCAUGGAUCAAUCCCGUUAAGGCUAAGGAGCCAGCUGCUCCCGAGGUUCUGGCGGCGGCAGAGAAGAACAGCGAGGGUAUGGUCAGCGUUGUGGAGAAGGCUUUGACGGGCAAGAAGUUCCUCGUUGGAGACCAGCUCACGAUAGCCGACCUUUUCGUUGUGGCAGCUAUUGCCAGAGGAUACCAGUUUGUCUUUGCCAAGAAGUGGACGGAAGCGCACCCCGCCAUCCACGAUUGGUACUGGCGAAUCAAGAGCGAUGAUAUCUGGAAGAAGAUUGAUGGAGAGCCUUACGUUUUGGACGUUAUGGAUGACACUCUACCUCGACCGUUCAAAUGCGCUACGUGUAAAAAGGGGUUCACGCGUCAGGAGAACCUGAAGCGCCAUGUCAACACGCCUUCGAGUCCUGUAUCUUCAAUCGUUGACCGUUUGUUAGACCACAAGGGACGAAAUGCACCCGUAUUUCCAUGCUCUCAAUGCAAUGCCAAGUUCGCGCGCAGCGACUUGAGGAAACGGCAUGUUGAGAAUUGCCAUAUCUCAACCUCCGCGUCGCCUUCGAAAACAGCUCCCCCGCCUUCCCUGACACCAACGGUCGGAGAUUCUCCAAGCACAGCAGCAUGGCUCGAUGUGCUGCUAACGCAUCCCCCGCAACCUCAAGGCGAUAUGCUUGAGCCGAUGCAACAAAUCAGCCAGAGCUAUGAACAGACAUCACCGGCUGAAAUCCGGUGCGUCGAGAGCUUUUUCGAAGGCUUUCAUCGCAACUUUCCGAUACUCCACGAGGCGUCUUUUCACAUUGUGUCGACCCAAGUACCACUCCUGAAUGUCAUCACAUGUAUAGGUAGUCUUUACUGCGAAUCGACUGUAGAUGAAGCGACACGCAAGGCAGUCUUUGAGUCGACAUUGUCUUCACUGCAGCAAUAUGUGGAGCAAAAUCGAUCGAGAUAUCAAGAAACAUGGGUCUUGCAGACUUUUCUCCUCCUCGAGUUCCUCGGCAUUUACGGCGGCAACGACACAAGCUUCCUCAAAGCGCAACGAAUACACCGCGACCUGAUCGAUGCCAUUCGCUUACUUCAAAUGUCGCAAGACAGUUCGCUCGAAUCUCUGUCGAUGACCUCUGGGGAAGACAGCGGCUACGGUGAAGAAGGUGACGAGGACGACAUGCAGGAGCCUGUGAGUGCGGAAGCUCUCACUGAGCAGUGGCAAGACUUCAUACGAAAGGAGUCAAGAAAGCGUUGCGUGUAUAUGCUUUAUCUCCUGGACUCCCAGCUCGCUAUUCUCUGCAAUCUUCGACCAAUGCUAUCAUCUCUCGAGAUCAAGUACGAUCUUCCAUGCUGCGAAGACAUAUGGUUGGCGCGCUCAGACAGAGAUUGGUCCGAGAAGCGGCGACAGCGCUUCAAGUCUUUUGACGAACCCGACGAUCAAGCAUACGCACAUGAGACGCCGCCAAGUCAGGGCUUCUUCUACGAAGCGUCUCAGACUCUCCUCCACGCCAAUCGAAACGACGACAGCCAGAGAGGCCCUGGAGAGAAACACAAACCGAAGAAGCUGAGAUUGCUAUGGGCAUCCCCAUUUGCUGCCGUCAUCUUGGUGACGCAGCUGCAGAUGAUGGCUCGCGAACUUACCCAUGCCAGUUGUCUUCUAGAGCGCCCAAAGGCUCAACGGCGCGCUCUGUCAAUAUUGACUGAUAAGCAACACGCACAGAUUUCCCAAGCCCUCAAGAGCAUUGCUGAGUUGGUGCCACGAAGUCAAAAGCCCGUCUUCAGCUUUUUCGACUUUGGCCGCAUGGAUGUUCUGUCGGAUAGUCAUGAUGACCAGACACCUCUAUGGCACACCUUCUGGAUAUUGUGGUAUUAUACGUCUAUUACUCUAUCGCAUCCGGACUCUUUGCUGGUUAGUGGAGUUGUGGAGUCGAAUCUGCCUUUAGCGAUAGCUACGGCCGGUCACUUGGCAACACCCAGAAGUAAAGACAAGCGGGACAUCUACGAAGAUCGUGACGUCUUCAGAAUACUCAAUGAUCUUGAAAUGGCCCUCGAUCUUCUAAAUCCGAUCAAGUCCACUGCUCCUCCUGCCCUCGAGAACCCCUUCAUAACACUCCUCGGCUUCAAGAUCUGCCUCGUAGGCUGGCGUCUAGUCCGCCUGACAAUGCCAGCCGCACAACGUAGUAACGACAAUAGCGGAGGUAUGAUGCUGGGUAACAGCAACAAUGGAAGGUCGAACCCAAGUCGCUUUGUGCUGGACGCCAUCAUGGCUUGCGUUGGAACCGGAGGAGACGAUGGUGCAGAGAAUGCUGCGGCUGCGCUAGCUAUGCUGGACAGACCUGUUGAUCUGGCGAGGAGCGAAGUGCGCUUUUUGGAAUGGAUUGUGGCGAACUUUACGAAGCGAACGACCUGGCCAGUUGGAAGUUGGGUCGCGGCAGUGAUGCAUGAGAGUCUAGCAAAAGCGAGGGAGGCGUACGCAGCGCCGAUGAGUGAAUGA